AUGUCGUCAUUUUUCAGCUACUUCUUCUCCAAGCCAAAAACCGAAGAGGUUAUGGCUACGACGAGCCUAACUAGCGACGAAGAAUCUACAACUCCUCCGGUUACAGAAGAUUCUCGGUCAGAACCACAAUCGCCUGUCAACCUACUUUCUCCUUCAAGUAUAACACAACCGCAAUCAUCUCAGCUCGACUCGCAGCCUAAAUCACCGAAGGAACAAGAUCAACCGUCCAAUUCUUAUACUGACGAUGAAAUUCUACUAUAUAUCGCUGAAAAUAAUGAAUUGAACGUUUCCUGGUUAGAAGUUAAGAAGAUAAUCAAAGAGAGACUUAAAAUGACGUCCCAUGACCCAGAAAUUUCAAUAGUGAUAAAUGGUAAGGAUUCAGAUAAAAAUGAGAAAGACGAUAAAGAUAUUGAAAAUUAUAUACAUACCAAUAUUCAAUUAUUGGACAAUUUUGAAAGACCACCAUUUACAAUUCAAAGACUUUCUGAGCUUAUAAUAAAACCUUAUCAACAUCAUAAAACUUUGAUCAAGUGGCUUCGAGCUGUAGAAAAGGUUUUAACGGUGCAAUCAUCUAUGGACAUGUAUCCAUCCAUAACCAACACAAUUACGCUCACUGAUAAGUUAGAAUUAAUGGAAGUUACAUCAUCUCCAAAGUUGGUUCCUAUUAGUUUUGCUUAUAAUGCAGAAGAGAUAGAGAAAGAAAAUGCAAAUUCUCCUAAAUUGGUUCCUAUUAAAUUUGCUUAUAACGCGGGAUUAGAAGUGGUUCAGGGAUAUUUUGAAAAAAAUGAAGA